ACCUCACCAGCCCAGACCAGUGUCUCCAGUGUCCAGCUGUGUGUCCAUGAAGAGUGACGUGUCUAUGCCAGACUUUCCUAACUUCAGCAGUGAACCUCCACGGUUUCACCCAGUACCUCACCAGCCCAGACCAGUGUCUCCAGUGUCCAGCUGUGUGUCUUUGAAGAGUGACAUGUCUAUGCCAGACUUUCCUUACUUCAGCAAUGGACCUCCACAGUCUCACCCAAAACCUCACCAGUCCAGACCAGUGUCUCCAGUGUCCAGCUGUGUGUCUUUGAAGAGUGACAUGUCUAUGCCAGACUUUCCUUACUUCAGCAAUGGACCUCCACAGUCUCACCCAAAACCUCACCAGCCCAGACCAGUGUCUCCAGUGUCCAGCUGUGUGUCUUUGAAGAGUGACAUGUCUAUGCCAGACUUUCCUUACUUCAGCAAUGGACCUCCACAGUCUCACCCAAAACCUCACCAGUCCAGACCAGUGUCUCCAGUGUCCAGCUGUGUGUCUUUGAAGAGUGACAUGUCUAUGCCAGACUUUCCUUACUUCAGCAAUGGACCUCCACAGUCUCACCCAAAACCUCACCAGCCCAGGCCCAUGUCUCCAGUGCCCAGCUGUGUGUCUUUGAAGAGUGACAUGUCUAUGCCAGACUUUCCUGACUUCAGCAGUGGACCUCCACAGUCUCACCCAAAACCUCACCAGCCCAGACCAGUGUCUCCAGUGUCCAGCUGUGUGUCCAUGAAGAGUGACGUGUCUAUGCCAGACUUUCCUUACUUCAGCAAUGGACCUCCACAGUCUCACCCAAAAGUCGUUGCGGAGUUCAGUGAGAUCAGCUUGGUGGCUCAUGCGACGGGCAGCUACAGUGUUGACAUGGAGGCUAUACGCAACGGGAACAAGAUCACCAAGACGUUUAAGCCUGACUUCGUGAUGGUGCGUAAACACGCCUUCAGCAUGGCGAAGAACGGAGACCAUCGCAACAUCGUGAUUGGCCUGCAGUACGCCGGAAUCCCCAGCGUCAACUCACUUCACUCCGUAUACAACUUCUGCGACAAGCCCUGGGUGUUUGCCCAGAUGACGCGACUGUAUAAGCAGUUGGGACCAGAGGAGUUUCCCCUGAUCGAGCAGGUGUACUACCCCAACCACAAGGAGAUGAUCACGGCGCCCAAGUUCCCCGUGGUGGUGAAGAUGGGACACGCCCACUCCGGAAUGGGAAAGGUGAAGGUGGAUAACCAGUAUGACUUCCAGGACAUUGCCAGUGUGGUGGCCCUCACCAAGACCUACGCCACCUCCGAGCCCUUCAUCGACGCCAAGUAUGACGUGCGCAUCCAGAAGAUCGGCACCAACUACAAGUGCUACAUGCGUACGUCGGUGUCAGGGAACUGGAAGACCAAUACGGGCUCGUCCAUGCUGGAGCAGGUGGCCAUGACGGACAGGUAUCGCAUGUGGGUGGAUCGCUGUUCUGAGGUGUUUGGAGGACUUGAGAUCUGCUCUGUGGAGGCGCUACACGGCAAAGACGGCAAAGACUACAUCAUAGAGGUGGAGGGCUGUUCGAUGCCUCUGAUCGGUGACCAGAUUGAGGAGGAUCGCUCCCUCAUCGCGGACGUCGUCGUCUCCAAGAUGACACAGAACACCACGCGCACACACCCCUCCCCCAUACGCCCCCCUGUUCAGAAAGCUGCAUCUCCCCAGUCGGCGUCUCAGCAGCGAGUCCCUCAGCAGCGCCCCCCUACGCAAG